CACCGUGUCCGACAUUAUUCUACGAGGGAGGCUCGAGGAAACAACGUAUUGCCGAGAUGAUCGUCAUCCGAAAUUUUGCCGGCCGUGCAACUAUCAUCUGUAUCCUGACUACGCUGCUCUGCCUGGGCUCUCGCGUUUCCGGUGAAUACGAAUCGCGGGAAAUAAACUCGAGCGGAAGAGCGAGCGAUGGAAAGACGACGGACAACGAUUUCCGCUCGUGUGUCGAGAGCAAGUGUAUCAAGCGCACGGACAUCAACGGCAUGUGGUUCGGCCCACGUUUAGGAAAACGACACAGGACGACGCAAAACGAGAGAGAGGAAACGAAUCCUGAGGUCGAAGCCUUGACGAAUGUGUUGGACGGCGUGCGUUGGGCGGUCGUCACGAUUCCAGCAGCCAAUGACAAAAGACAAUCGAGUCAAUUUACACCGCGUUUGGGACGAGGAUCAGGCGAGGAUCUAUACUCGUAUGGAGAUGUGAUAGACAGGAGCGAAGUCGACGAGGACGAUCGCACGUUGCCGUUGCCGAUGUUCGCGCCGCAUUUAGGCCGUCGGCUUUGGGGACCGAGACUCGGACGUCAAUUACGCAGUGUAUUGCGAAAAAUGUAGACACGUAGACACUGUAUGAAAACUAGAAGAUCGUUGAAGAAGUUGAAGAAUGAAGUAUGAUAUUGUAGACUUGCGCGAUGGUGAGGCUCUCGAUGAAACGGCAACCACAAUUACAGCACUAUUAUGUAAGAUAUAAAGAAAUAAAGUAUAUUUAUAUUGCGAAGCAA